UUAUUGUUAGUAUUAUUAUUACUAGUAUUAAUUCGUAUUAUUACGUACCAUUGCCCGGGUGACGCCGGCUCCCGGCUCCUCCUCCGGAGCAGGCCCCGCCCCUGGCUCCCCCUCCCCGGCCGCUGACUCUCAGGCUCUGGCCGGACUUCCCUCGUACACAGGCCGGAGCCGCCGACACCCUGCCCGGCACCGGACCCCUCGCCUUGGGAUCGAGCUGCGGCCUGCCCGCCAGGGUCCUCUUCAACUUUAACCCUUUCGGCUGCAGAUCCCGGCACGUAAACCAUAAGGGAGCAGGGCAGGGGGCAUGAACCGCGAGGGGCCCCCCGGGAAGAGUCCGGAAGAAAUGUACAUUCAGCAGAAAGUCCGAGUGCUGCUCAUGCUUCGGAAGAUGGGUUCCAACCUCACCCCCAGCGAAGAGGGGUUCCUGCGGUCGUACGCGGGGGUGGUCAACAGCCAGCUCAGCCAAUUGCCCCAGCACUCCAUCGAUCAGGGCGCCGAGGAUGUGGUCAUGGCAUUUUCUCGAUCGGAGACGGAGGACCGGAGGCAGUAACGGAACAAAUGCCGGAUGAAGAGCACGGACGGGGGGGAGAGACGUUCUGCAGCGUUUGGAGGGACUUCGUUUCUCUGGAUCCUUCGCCCCGCUCUCCUCGCUUUUUUUUUUUUUCUUUUUAAAUCACUCGCCUAAAAGUUUUCCGUAACUUUCGUUUAUUUUAGCUCUAGAUCGCCCGCCUCUCGCCGUCGGGCCGCCUGCCGAUGCUUCCACCUUUUUUUGCACACGAGAAGCGG